AUGCCGGAAGACAAGAAGAUGAAAGCUAAGAAAGGAUGGCUUGCCGUCCGAGUCGGAUUGGAAGAUGAAGAUGGAGGAUUUCAGCGAUUUGUCAUCCCGAUAUCAUACCUCUACCACCCUCUCUUACAAGACCUCCUCGACAGAGCUCAUGAGGUUUUUGGGUACCACACCACCGGUCCACUUAGGCUACCGUGCUCCGUGGAUGAUUUUCUUCAUCUCCGAUGGCGGAUAGAGAAGGAGGCUAAUAAUCACCACCACCACCUUCCAAGCUCUUUGUUCUUCAACUCUUGUUGA